AUGGGUAAUAAUCAAUCAGUAUUUGGGGAUAAAAUCACUGACCAAGAUACUCACCAGUUGUAUACCAAAUUUAUGAAGGAAUGUCCAUCAGGUCAACUGAGCUUGCAUGAAUUCAAGACCCUUCUGGGUCUCCGUGAUCUGAAUUCAGAGGCAGAUCAGUAUGUAAAUCAAGUAUUCAAUACCUUUGACUUGAACAAGGAUGGAUUUAUUGACUUCUUGGAAUUUAUAGCUGCAAUAAAUCUGGUCUUACGAGGCAAAAUUGACCAGAAAUUGAAAUGGUAUUUUAAGCUAUAUGAUGCUGAUGGAAAUGGAACUAUUGACAAAAAAGAACUCGUAAGCAUAUUUUCGGCUAUUCAAGCCCUCAAUGGCAACCAAGAAUUGACACCUGAAGAAUUCUCAAACAUGGUAUUCCAGAAGAUAGAUGUAAACAAUGAUGGGGAACUGUCUUUAGAUGAGUUCAUUAAUGGAGUUGAAAGUGAUGAACAACUCCUGGAAAUGAUUUCAAAGAGCUUUGACCUUUCCAAUGUACUGAAAGUUAUACAAAGUGGGAGAAGACACAGCAUCUGAUACUUUCGUACUGCAAAGAGGACUUGCAGUAAAAGAACAAUGCAAGAAACCUAUUCAGUAUUAACACAAAAUGUUACAUUUCCUAUCUACUGUUCAACACGUAAGAAGUUCCAGGUGGAAUUAUCAAUUCAGACAUGUCCAUCAUCUGUUUUCCCCUACCUCCAAGUGGAUGUGGCAGCCACUGCAAGAACACAAAACUUUGUCUACUUACAACACAAAAACUAUUUAGUUUAAUACAAAUAAAGCACUGUCUAUCAGCACCUGUAAUGGGGGGAAACCUUCUGGUUUGGAAAAAGUGGACUUCUCCGGAAGAUAGAACUGACAAAUUGUUUCUUUUAAGUGCUGCUUGUUUAACUUGCAAUUUACAAUGUGCUGAUAAACCAGUAGAUAAGAUUGGCUUCCUUCUAGAUCAAUUAAGGAUGAGGGAUGGUUUGCAUUAACUUAACAUUUGAACUAAUCAGCGCUUUAAAAAAGGAAUGGAUUAUCUGGGAAACACCUCAAUCAGCUUAUGGGUCCAAAGAUAAAAAUCCAGUUGGGAAAGCUGUUUAUCACUUUGGUAUAAUUAUUAUUACAUCUGUAAAUUAAUGUGACUUAAGGCUUUGAUGUUUCAACUCAUUUACAUUUUUUUCUUUUUUCUUUUAAACGUUU